AUGGGUUGGCGGGUCCGUGGUUCAGAUUUAGGUUCGUGUGUUCGUGGGUUGGAUCGCAACAAAUUGAUUGUCUGUUGCGUUGUGUUCGUCGUUUAUGUUCUGACGUCAACGUCGUUCGAUAAUGAUUCAAUCAUUCAUGCCGCCGUUAUUCGUGAGUUUAUUAUGUCGUUCAUCAUAAAGGGAAAAGCGAGAGAAUGCUUAUUCGAUUUUGUUUGUGAGAUACUAAGAUUAUUUAGGCAAACACCAAAUGUCAAAUGGUCAAUGGGGUUAGAAAUGGGUUCUUCAGGCGAUGGUUACGACGACCCAUUUGCUGGAAUUUACAAGCCAUUUUCUGGGUUAAAUGAGAUGGAUUUUGAGCUGCACGAGAUUUACAUGGAUCAUGAAACACGACAGCAGUUUGUAUCAAGGCUUGAUAAAUGUAAGGGUCAUUUUCUUAACAUUCUACUUUGUGAUGUGAACAUUAGAAAUGCAAGUAUGAUUGAGAUGAAAGAUCGAGUGGACCAUGGUAAUGAUUUGCAAAAUGAUGAGGAGACAGAGGAAGAAGUGACUAACAAAUACAUAAUACAUGAUCCAAAUGUUAGGUGGGAUAAGAUGGAACCUAAGUUAGGGUACGUGUUCGAAUCACCUGCACAACUGAAAUUCUGUGUGACAAACUAUGCAGUAAAUGGAGGGUACCAAAUAUACUUUCAGAAGAGUUACAAUAAAAGAAUUGUUGCAAGAUGUGGUAAGAGACAUGAAGAUAAUAAAUUCCCUUUUAGACUUUAUGCAGCAUGGAUGUACAAUGACAGAACCUUUCAGGUUAAAGCAAUAUAUUCUGAGCAUCUUUGUUCUAGAGUGUUUAAAUUUAGGUCUAUUGUUACCCCAAAAUGGAUUGGAAGACACUAUGUAACUAAGAUAGCAAAUAAGCCCAUACUUAAACUUAGGGAGAUGAUCAGUGACAUCAAACAAAGAUAUAGAUGUGUGGUAUCUAUAGGACAGGUUAAAAGGGCAAAACAGUGGGCAAAAGAACUGAUUGAGGGUAAAUUAAAUGAACACUAUGCAAGAAUUUGGGAUUAUGCCCAAGAGUUAUUGAGAUCAAACCCUGGGUCUACAUGCAAAGUUGGUGUUACUAACAAUCCAGAUGAUAAGAAUUAUUUUAAAAGGUUUUACAUAUGUUUCAAAUCUUUAAGUGUUUGCUGGAAAAUAGGUAGAGAUGCUAAUAACCAAGUGUUCCCAAUAGCUUGGGCUGUUGUUGAUGUGGAAAACAAGGAUAAUUGGACCUGGUUUCUGGAGCUUCUGAAGGAUGAUCUUGACCUUGGUACUGGUGUAGAUUUGGGUUUUCUUGAAUCUGUUAAGGUUAUUUUGCCACAUGUGGAGCACAGGCAAUGUGCUAGACACAUUUAUGCAAAUUUCAAUAAAGCUUUCUCUGGAUUGGAGUUAAAGAAGCUGUUCUGGGCUUGUGCAAUGAGUUGUGUUGAAGUGGAGAAUGGUAUUUCAGAGUGUUUCAACUCCAUAAUUGUAGAAGCUUGGAAAAAACCUUUGAUUACAAUGCUUGAAGAGAUAAGGAUAUACAUAAUGGACAGGUUUUCCUUUAUGAAUGAUGAAUGCAGUAAAUGGAAAGGUAAUAUAUGUCCAGAGGUGAUUAAGAAGAUGAAUCUUUUUGGAAAGAACUUUAGGCUUUGGUUAGUAGUGCAUAGCUUAGGAAAUGUAUUUGAAGUGAGAAGAGCAUGUGCUAGUUACAAGGUAGAUUUGGAUGGUAGGGUUUGUUCUUGCAGAUUAUGGGAUUUGUCUGGAAUCCCUUGUGUCCAUGCGAUAGCAGCCAUUAAUUAUAUCCAUCAAACUCCAGAUAGAUAUAUUAGUGACUACUUUUCAGUGAAUAAAUUCAAGGAAUGCUAUUCAACAAACAUCAGUCCUGUGAAUGGGAGUAAUAUGUGGCCUCUAACUGGAUACAACAAGCCUUUGCCACCUGUUGGUAGGAAAAUGCCUGGUAGGCCCAGAACCAAAUGA